AUGACCACGACGGUCCUCUCAGUUGACGACUACUGCGUCGCUAUUGUAUGUGCCUUGGACAAGGAGCUCUUCGCAGUUAGGGCACUCUUCGACCAGCGACACCGUGGUUUGCCCAAACCUCCUCAAGAUCCCAACCACUACGCGCUGGGACAGAUAGGGACAAAUAAUAUCGUGGCUGCAUCCCUUCCUGUUGGUGAAUACGGUGGCAACUCGGCAUCGAGCGUGGUGACCCAUUUGUUGCGAAGCUUCCAUUUUGUCCGCUUCUGUUUACUAGUGGGUAUUGGAGGAGGCGCGCCGUCCCGAUUGCACGAUAUUCGACUCGGAGAUGUAGUGGUCAGCCAGCCGACUGGAACAUCUCCGGGUGUCUUACAAUACGACUUGGGAAAGACCAUGCAAGACGGGUCCUUCGUUCCAACAGGAUCAUUACAGAGGCCGCCGCGGGUUCUGCUGACUGCUGUCAGUAGCAUCAAGUCGGACCCUGAUCUCUCUGCAAACCCUCUUUCCAAAUACAUAGAGCGAAUAACACAGCUGAAACCCGACUAUCGAUACCCGGGACGCCAUCUCGACAUGUUAUUUGCGCCAGACACAGAGCACAAUAUCGCAGAGACGACAUGCAAGCGGUGCAACGGACCCUGGGUCAAGCGACGCCAUAGAGCUACUACUCAACCCGUCAUCCACUAUGGUCUAAUAGCAUCAGGAAACCAAGUCGUGAAGAGCCCUCAUCUUAGGGACAGGCUUCGGGAUGAGCAUGAGAUCUUGUGCUUCGAAAUGGAGGCAGCUGGAGUCAUGAACUCCAUUCCGUGUCUUGUUAUCCGAGGAAUCUCUGACUAUGCUGAUUCGCAUAAAAACAGCAUAUGGCAGGAAUAUGCUUCCGCCACGGCUGCAGCGUAUUCAAAAUUAUUACUCACACAUUUUCAGUUCUCAAUUUACUCCAGUAUCGCUGUGGUCGAUCGGAGUAUCGAAGACCCAACGUUGGAGUCUCCACCUGAGGAGAACAAGGCCAUGAAGCAAAUCGACCCAGUGACGAGUCCAGAAAAAAGACUGUUGGAAUGCGAGUCUUUUGCUCGGAGACUUCCAUCUUGGGAUGAUUGGCCAGUGAAUGUAGUAAACUUACUGUCGUGUCUCCAACAAUGUAAAUCAGCGCCGACGUCAGCGUUGUACGUGGUGAAAACCAGCAUGGCUGAUGCUAAACGGUCCAGAGACUUAGUAUCUGAAGUCUCUGCAUUCCUACGGUCUGUGGCUUCCUAUCGGGUCAUCUACUCCUUGUCCUCGCCAAUUACCGGCUUCGAUACUGGUUUUGAGAUUCUUAGGAGUCUGAUUUCACAAGUACUCCUACAUCAGUCUGACGCCCGAUUGCCCAUGAUAGCUACAGACUGCCAUGAAGAAUCUCUUUUCAACUUGCUAGACUCAGCACUGUCCCGAAUUCGCGAAUGUUUCUUCAUUAUUGAACUGGAUGCAUCGCGAUUUUCUCUACGCCUCAUGCAGCUGUUCCUUGACACAAUUGGCAGCCCCAGUUCGUCGAUCAAAGUCAUCCCAAUGACAUAUGACAAAGGUAUACAAAUUUCUUCAAGUCCUGGUAUCUCGGGCUUAGUACUGUCGUCUUGCCUCCCUAUCCCUCUGCCCCAGAGCAAGCGGAAGGCUGUGGAUGGCAACAUCCCUCAGCCUCCUUGUAUCAGCCUCGUCGUCUGCCACGUCACUUCUUCAACCUCACCCACAAUCGAGCUCGCUGUCCGCAAGCUAGGAAUAUUUCUACUUUACUCUGCUACGAAUUGUCCUAUCUUACGUAUAUCUCUUUUCAACUACAACAUGAAAGACGUGGAUGGCGAUCGAGGCAAACGUCGACGGUACACCAUUCCAACGCAAAUUUUAGAGAGCACAACCAUCACAAUCCACACAGUGAGUUGCGAUAGAAGAAACCUCCAUGCACAUCAUCCUCUGGAAGAAAACUACCUGGAUAUACCUCGCCUCUUCCGCGGAGACAGCAAAGCAAGCCCAUUGAGAGGGAAGAUCCCACUCGGUGAAAUCGACGAGCUGCUCGAAGAAAACGAUAAUGCUGGCAUUAUAAUCCACAGGAUAUACAGCUGCAAUGAAUAUCACGAUGCAGUUGACGCCUUGUUCGAGCCUCUACCGCGUCCAAAGCACCCAAAAUUAGGCCCUUUGAUGGCUUACUUUUUCUGUUUGCUAGAAGACGGAAAAGAAGCUGUACCAGUAUCUAAGGAGGUGACGUUGGCAUCUAUCGACUUGAAAGAAGCGCUCUCAGAACUCACUGGGAUGGAUAUGGAUAGUCUCAAGAACCUGGGCGCCACAGACAACAUGAGAGAGCUCUACCACCAGUUUUACUUCCACCGGCAGAAUGGACACACAGAAAUGUCUAGGCUGAAUUAUUCAAAGAAAGAGCAGCUCGAGGUCUUCAAGCUGUUCAUGGAACAAACCUUUGGCACCGAAUACGCCGAGGCAGACGCACAAUUCGCCCAGGGGCGAGUAACCCAAAGACACCUGCGAAAGCUCUCCUGUCCAGAUGAGAUAGUUGUCAGGCGAAAUGAUGGGCAGCCUAUGGCUUACAAGGUCAAGCAGAGCCACGAGCGCGCGUCUGGCGCGAUUGGUCUCAUUUGUCAGUCGUGGAACUUUGACGGCAAGUUUUACGAAGCUACAUCGUAUUUCGAGCUUUCUUGGCCAGCGGAUAGUACAGAACUCGAUAUUGCAGAACUGGAGAUAUAUCCACUCCAGUUUGACACCUCGGGCCUAGCAGAAAGACUGCGCAUGCGUGGAGAAGUCUUCUGGCAAUGUCGACAAAGGAAGUACGUAGCGUACUCGCCGCCACAAGCUACCAUUGAGUUCCAAACGAUAAACCCACGGUACAUGGUGGACAUACUUACAUAUGAGCAAAUCCACCCAGCAGGACAGACGCCCGAACGCCAGUAUGGCGGACCGGAUGUAGAGGAUGAAGAACCACCAGAAGACCAUUUCUUAUUACUCCUCCCUGCCACCAUCCGUGGCUUUGGCUUUCACGACAAGAAAUGGCAAACACUCCAAAUGGAGCGCAUUAAGGAUAUCAGUUGGAAUGUGGAAGCUUUCAAUCAUUUAGUUCUCCGCCAUAUAAAGAAAGAGCUCAUACAGCCCUCAUUGCCUCUCACACAGGAAGCCCUUCGAGCCGAGCCGACGUCAUCGAAGGAAAAGGCAACGGGCUUGUGCUCCUUCUUCACGGUGGCCCCGGAACAGGCAAAACUCUUACAGCUGAGUCUGUUGCAGAGCUCACCCACCGUCCGCUGUACAGAGUGA